AUGUCCACUGCCCACCAAGAACUGUUGCAGCCGCCGCCGUCUUUUGCGAAUGGACAAGACAAGAAACAUCAUGUGGCGACGACAUUGAAUUACUGGGAUGACCCAGGCGACGGCUCGCGUCCGACACCCAUCGUUAUCGGCAAGGGGCGCAUCACCAACGAGAGACCGCACCAAACGCACGAUUUUGUGAUAACAGAUGUCAGUGGCGAGGAGGACCAGUACACGCUCGACCGCCACGGGUUUCGGUACCAUAGCCACGAGAGCGUCGAGAAGGAGUUUCUCGAUGACCAAAAGAUCCUUGAAGUCUACUACCCCGAGUGUAUCCGACUUUUACGAGAGGUCACUGGGGCUCACCGCGUCCACGUUUUUAAUCACAAAGUGAGACGCGGGCCAACACAUUGGCAUCAUCUCGGAUUAAAGAAUCUGGCCAACCGCGGCCCCGUCACCAAGACGCACGUCGACCAGUCCUACGAGGGAGCUGAGCUGCGACUCAGAUGGGAACUCCCAGAUGAGGCCGACGAACUAGUACAUAAGCGAUACCAAAUCAUCAAUAUAUGGCGCCCCAUCAAGACGAUCCGCAAGGAUCCCGUGGCCGUUGCCGACUCGCAGUCGGUGCCUGAUGAAGAUCUCGUGGCUGCCGAAAUGACGGAAGACGGCUACAGAGGGGAGCAGUGGGUCGUCAGACAUAAUCCGGCCCAUCAAUGGUAUUUCAAACACCAGCUCCGGCCCGAAGAAGUGCUCUUGAUCAAGUGCUUCGACUCGAACAAGCAAGUGGCGCGAAGGGCCUUGCAUUCAGCAUUCGAGGAUCCCGCUUACAAGGAUGAGGAGUCUAGACAGAGUAUCGAAGUCCGGUGCAUAGUCUUGUAUGAUUAA